CGAACAUGAUGUGUGAUGCGCGUUUUAAUAUCGCUUUGUGAUUUUUGCUGUGGUUAACACACACACACUGAACACUAAAGAUGCAGAGUCAGGAUUCUGAAGACGAAAAACUGGAAACCGGCCCCGCCGAAAAUGCAUGGGCUAUGAAGAUACCGAAAUUUACACCAGAAGAUAACCCUCAUGGUUUACACGAAGAGAGCAAAUUCGCUACUCUAUUCCCAAAAUAUCGCGAACAAUACCUCAAGGAAUGCUGGCCCCUCGUGCAAAAAGUACUUAAAGAACAUUAUAUCGUCGCCGAAUUGGAUUUGAUAGAAGGAAGUCUGAUUGUCAAAACUACAAGAAAAACAUGGGAUCCAUAUAUUAUCAUCAAAGCCAGAGACAUGAUGAAGUUACUUUCCAGAAGCGUCCCAUUCGAACAAGCUGUUAGAGUCCUGGAAGAUGAAAUAGGCUGUGAUAUAAUAAAAAUAAAUUCAUUUGUGAGUAAAAAAGAAACAUUUUUAAAAAGACGACAGCGCUUGAUAGGCCCUAAUGGCGUUACAUUAAAAUCCAUUGAAUUGCUCACUGAAUGUUACGUGUUGGUUCAAGGUAACACUGUCUCUGCUGUGGGCCCAUAUAAGGGCUUAGUGCAAGUGAGACGUAUUGUUGAAGACACAAUGAAAAAUAUACAUCCCAUGUACAACAUAAAGAGUUUGAUGAUUAAAAGAGAAUUAAUGAAAGAUCCCAAGCUGAAAAAUGAAAGUUGGGAUAGAUUUUUGCCUAAGUUUAAAAGUAAGAAUGUUCCAAGGAAACAACCUAAAAAGAAAGUCAAGCAGAAGUCCUAUACACCAUUCCCGCCACCACAACCUGAGAGUAAAAUUGACAGAGAAUUGGCGACAGGUGAGUAUUUCCUCAAAGAUGAGCAAAAGAGAGCAAAACAUCGCCAUGAGAAGGAAGAAAAACAGGCCAACACUAAGCGUGCUAAGAAUGUACUGAGACAGAAAGAUUAUCUGCCUCCAGAAGAAAAAGUGGCUGAAGCCCCAUCAAUUUCAGAUGCAAGUGUAGAUUUAGGCCAAUUUAAAGCUAAGAUUAAAAAAUUUUCUAAACAACAUAAAGGGUUGAAGAAGAGUAAGGAAUAAUAUUUUCAAUUUCUGACUUUUAUAAUAAAUACAUAAAACAUUCAAUUGUUGCUU